AUGCGCUGUCACCAUUUGCAGUCGGCAAUCACAGGCGUUUUCAAGCGGAAAGUCAAGCAGGCACGGGGCAUUGCACCACUGAAUGUGACUGCCCAGCAUCUGUGCGUAGAUCUGUCUUACGCUGAGAUUGCUGCCAAGGGCCCCAAGCAGACUCCUGAGGAGGCUGCUGCCCCUCUCCCUCCCCAGAUCGAGGUUGAUGGUACAGAGUCUACUUCCACCGCCUCCCUGAUCGACGUCGAUACCCCUUCCGUCCAUACCGUCCCUUCCGACUUCCAGGAGCAGGAGAUCAAGACCGAGACUCAGGCCACCCGCGUUGAGAAGGAGGAGGAACAAGAAGCCAAGGAGGAGGCCGAAAAAAUCAAGGCCAAGGCCCGCGCUGAGGCCGACCUCGCGAAGAAGAAGGCCAAAUCCAAGGCCAAGAAGGCCGACAACUGGUUGACCAAGCAGUUCGCCAGCUUGAGCGAUGGCACCACCGGCGCUCUCGCUGCCGUCAACCUCUUCGCUGUUGUUGGUCUUAGUGGAUGGCUCGGCUACAGGGCCUGGGGUCUCUACGACCGCAGGCAGUUCACAUGGCAGCAUGCCGGCCGUGGCGCCGGUAUUCUCGCCGCUGUCGCCGUCUUUGAGAGUGUAUUCAGCGGGUACCUCGCCAAGGGCAAGAAGGCCAAGGGCCAAUAG